GUACACAGAGCACACACAGAGCGAACAACCGACAGGCAGACAGUUUGUUUGUGCCAGUUCCAAUCCACACAUCCACUGCCACCGCUCACCGUAGCCACGCAUCCCAUACCAUCCAAUCCAAGCAACGCACUGGUGGUACACGACCUUCUCUUCCUUUUCGUGGCUACGCCACGCAUUGGUCUCUGUCGUUGUUCCAACAGCACGCUUUCCUCCCGUUUGUCUUCGUUUCCCGCGCCAGAAGCUUGGCCCCUGUUUCUGUUUCGUGCGUGUCGCGUGCGCUUCUGUUUUGUCGCCGUUCCAUCUUUUGGCUUCCUCCUCGCCGUCAUCUUGCUGGGCAGCGGUUCGGUUCUCAGUGCCCCCACGUUUGUGCAGAGCAACAAUUCCUGAGCAGAGGAGCAUCAUCGCAGCAUGCUUCGACCCCACGUUCCCGUGAUACCACGGGAGCCCAGAGACGUUUGGGCGUUUAAUCUCGAGGAUGAGAUCGCGCUCAUCCAGGAGACGGCCAUCCACUAUCCAUACGUGGCCAUGAACACGGUGUUCCCUGGCGUUGUCGGCAAAGUGCUUGGUGAUUUCGACUCGGGUAGCGAGCUUGUAUUGCAGGAGAUAAUCGCCAACGUCAACCUCAUGAACAUGCUGCAGCUUGGCAUCACGCUGCUGGACGAGCAGGGCAAUCUCCCGCCAAAGUGCUGCUCGUGGCAAAUCAACUUCAGAAUCGACCUUGCGGCCGACACAUACAGCCAGUCGUCGCUGGACCUGCUGCGGUCGACCGGGUUUGACCCGCUGCGUAACGAGCGGGACGGCGUGUCCCACGAGCAGUUUGCCAGCCUCCUCACCUGCAGCAACCUCGUCCUCUCCGACGACGUCACCUGGAUCACCUUUGGAGGCGGCUUCAACAUGGCGUACCUCCUCAAGAUUUUGCUUGGCGAAUAUCUCCCUUACAACUCCAGAGAGUACUUUGAGAACCUCUUCCUGUACUUCCCGCAGUUGUAUGACGUGCGGUAUCUGGCAGAUUCUGUGAAGAAUCUCAAGGGCGAACUCCUCGAGAUCUCCGAGCACCUCAAGAUUCCGCGGAUGCAAGGAAACCACUCGGCCGGCAGCAACAGCUACCUCGCCGGGAUGGCCUUCUUCAGGAUGAGACAGUCGUACUUUGAAGGGGUGAUUGAUGAGAAGUUCAAUGGUGUGCAGCACCUGUUGGAAGGUGCCAUGCCCCUCAUGUAAACGACACACUCAAGCACAGGUGUUGUGCGUCGGUGCUUCCCUUGCUUCGCUUGUUCUGUUGUGUCGUUGUGCGUUUUCUUUGUUGUUUCUUUCUUUCUUCUUUUUCUGCGGUUACACCAUGUUCCCAAGUUGCUGCGCCCAGUUCGAUGUGUGCAGCAGCAAAGCCCCCCUCCCAUCUUUUCAUCUUUGGUAAUUCGUUGUUUUCUUCCCAUCACUGUGUGUCACUUCCAUUCCUUCCUCCCCUUUUGUCUUUGCUAAUUCAACCAUGCCCCCCUUCCACCUCCGUUGUCCUUGUUGUUAUUGCUGUGCGUGUGUAUGUGUGGCGAUGCAUACAGUUGCUGCGCUACAUUCGCUUGCUCGGUCCCUUCUUUCCACUUCUCUUCUUUGUCUCCUUGCCUCUUUCCUCUCUCUCUCCCUCCUCUACUCUCUCUUCGUCCCGUGCACUCCCUUGUCUCUCUUCUCUUCACUACCUGCCUCCGUUAUUCGGAUUUCGCUUCGCGUGCAUGUGUGCGUGUAUGUGUGCGUGUGUAUGUUGUGUGUGUAUGUUGUGUGCGUGUGUGUGUAUGUUGUGCGUGUGUGUUUGUGUGUAAACUGCUAAAGCGCUUGCAGCGCGAUUAUUUCACCCAUUGCGUGCUGCACUGUUCAUAUCUGUGUUGUGUGCGCACCCUGUCCACGCUGUUUGGUGGCGCUGUUUGUUGCUGUUCUUCCUGGUGGCGGUGCUUAGGUUCGUGAUUGCCACCUGUGGAAUGAAUGGUCAAUUGUUGAGCCCUCCACGCGUUGGACACGUGUGCUGUGUGCGUGGUUUUGUUUCAUUGGUUAGUCGAAACCUCUGAUGGUGAUGCUGGUGCUGAUGGUGUGCUGACUGAGAUGGUUGUGGUGGCUAAUACACCAUGUGUUGGUGUUGGUGCAUGUUGCGUGUUGACCUGCC